AUGUUUCAUUUAACUGUUUAUACCUAUUCUGUUGCUGAAUUUCUAAAAGGUUUGCCUUCACAUAAUGAAAAUAACUUUGCCAAUUUUCACACGGACAGUGGAAACAGAACUUGUGUAAAGAAGCCUUCAGUAUAUAUUCCCACAAAAGAUCAUCCUUCAGAACAAAUUAUAGUUACAGAAAAAACCACCAUAUUGUUAAGGUACCUCCACCAACACUGGGAUAUAAAUAAUCCUGUCAGAAAAAGAGAUUUUUUAUCUGCUAAUGGUGACUCUGAAGAUGAUGGUGGCACAGUUCGUAGUAAAAGGCUACGUCUUGAGUUGAACAAUACCAUUUAA